AUGAAAUCAUGUGUGUCGACGGUGGUUUGUUUGACUUGCAGGUACGGUACCAAGCAAGCUCCACAUUGGCCGCUGAUUUGUUGCGUGAUACUCCUCGACGCCGCCAGCGGAGCGAAGCCGAAACAUUCCGUUCAUUUGGAUCCGCACUGGAACGAUUUUAAGGUGGAACAUAAUAAAACAUACAUAAGAAAUAAUGAAUACCACCAUCGCUCAGCGUGGGAAGAGAACUUCCAUCAUAUUAAUAGACACAACGAAGAGGCCAAAAGUGGAAAACACAAUUACACACUGGAUUUGAAUCAUUUAGCUGACAUGCCUAUGCAUCUAUACAAUAAACAUUUUACUAGUCUUUCAUCAAGCAAAUUCAAGAGCGCAGAUAUACAUACUAAUCCCUCACAACAUCAUACAAGAUCAAUUCCCGAAGAGGUUGACUGGCGGGAAAGGGGAUUCAAUACGCCAGGAUGGAAUCAAUUGGAGUGCGGUGCAUGUUACGCUUUCAGUAUAGCUUCCAUGCUAGAAGGACAGCUGUUCAAAGCUACGGGAGAGUUGCAUACAUUAAGUUCGCAACAAAUCAUUGACUGUUCAAUCGCAUACGGAAAUCUCGGUUGUUCCGGUGGGUCGUUAAAAAACACACUGCAGUAUCUCCAGAGAGUCGGGGGAAUUAUGCAAGCACUCGAGUAUUCGUACAAAGCAAAGAAAACAUUAUGUCAUUUCAAAAAGUUUAGAGCAGUUCUUCAAAUAUCAAAAAUUUCAAUACUGCCACCAUCCGAUGAACACGCGCUAAAAGCAGCUGUAGCGCUGAUAGGACCAAUUAGCGUAUCAGUUAAUGCAAAUCUAAAAACAUUUCAACUGUACUCAUCUGGAAUAUACGAUGAUCCAGCCUGUUCAUCGAGCACUGUUAAUCACGCCAUGUUGCUAGUCGGGUACACAAAGAACGCUUGGAUUUUGAAAAACUGGUGGAGCUCUAAAUGGGGCGACAACGGUUACAUGUACUUGGCCCGUGGCAAGAACCAAUGUGCUGUGUCCUCAUACGCUGCUUACGCUACCAUAUUAUUGCCGAGCCAUCGAUCGCAGCAUUCAACGCGUCCUCAUGGUUGA